GAUACCCUCUUUCCUAAAGUUUGGAAUUUUGCAAAUGUAAAUUGCUUUCUCUGUGGUUUUAUAAAGCUUCAAGGACGGAAUCAAUGUCAACAUGUUGCUAAGCAUUCUGUUUGUCCCAAUAAAACCUUCAAGGAUGGAAUCAAUGUCAACAUGAUGCUAAGCAUUCUGUUUGUCCUAUUUACGAACUCCUUUAAAAAACUCUCCGUUUCUCUCAAGCCAGGCUCAAAUGGGUCAACAGGAAAAUCUCUGAUUUGUUUUUAUAAAGUAUAUAUCCCUUGAGGGCUUAUGGAAGAAGGGACAACAAGCAGUUCUGUGUUACCAGCCCCUGACAGAGAUAUUUUCAGCCAUUCAGGGCCUUUGCACCUCACUCAUAUUGACUGGAAAAACUUCCAUCAUAGAAGAUCUAUUGCUGCAAGCUUGGUUCAGGGAGUACGUGUUUUAGAGUUUGACCGCCAGCAGAAUCGACAAGGACAGCAAGCUCAUGCUCCCGAAUGGUGGGAAUUCUUCCAUUUUCAACUAGUUUGUCCAUUAAUAGAUGUUGACAACUCCAUUUUUGGUGCCAUUUAUGAACUCAAGCUCUCUGGUUUGGACAAUUCAGCCCAAAUUGUCCCGCGUUUUGUCAUUGCCUUUCGGGGUACAAUAAAAAUGCAAGCGUCUCUACCGCGAGAUCUCAAGCUGGAUCUCCUAUGUGUCUGUAACAAACUUCAUGAAAGCUCCCGCUUCCAGAUUGCAAUGCAGGCUGUGCAAAACAUGGUUACUCUUGCUGGAGCUUCAAAUAUUUGGUUGACUGGACAUUCAUUGGGGUCAGCUAUUGCCUUGCUUGCUGGGAAGAACAUGGUUAAGAUGCACAGUUAUAUUGAAACAUACCUCUUUAACCCACCAUUCUUGUCUGUCCCCAAGGAAAUAAUUCCAAAUGAAGGGCUAUGGCAGGGAAUCCACUUAGCAAACACUGUAAUCAGAGUGGGACUUGCACGCGUAAAGGGUCUCUACCGGAUUCAAAGGCCUAAGCAAUUUGAUCAAGUUACUAAUCAAGUUACUGCAUUAUUAUCUCUCUGGGUACCUUACCUGUUUGUGAACCCAGGUGAUCAUAUUUGCUCCGGUUAUAUCAGGUAUUUUGAACAGAGAAAGAGCAUGACCGAGAAGCUUCCAGAGAUAUCCUCAGAAAGUUCUUUCUCGAAUGCAGAUUCAGAAUCUUUGCAUCUGCUUCCUUCAGCUUAUCUAACUAUUAAUCUCGGUUCUACACCUGAUUUUAAACGAGCUCAUGGUAUUCAUCAGUGGUGGGAUCCAAAUUUUGAUGGUCGCUCUGAACAUUACAGCAGAUGAUAUGUGACCUGAAGCAAUCUCUUUUCUCUGGAAGUAGCUAGAGAUCCUGGCUCAAGUCAUGGCACAGGUUUAGCUCACGUUUAUUAACCCAGCAAUCAAGAGAUAUCUAUUUGAAAUAUGGUGAAUCAUUGGUUUCCUAAGUGUAUGGAAACUGUCUUAACAAUAUGUCAUAGAAAUUGAAUAUUACUUGAAUGAUUCUGGACAUGUACAACAUAUAUGGUAGAGUUAAUAUGUUUUAACAUAUGAAUUGAGAAGUUCUGAUGAGCUUUGGGAAUCAUUCUUGCUUCUUUUGGAUAUUCUUGCAAAUAAUGAUACCAGUCUGUUUACAUAUCAGUCUUUUGUGAUGUGCUGAUCCACUCAAUGAAAUUCGUGUCCGUGAAGACUGCUGAGAUGAAUCUCGUGGCAACUUUCCAUGAAGUUGUUCACCAUGUUCUCAUUUAGACAAUUCGUACCGACUUAGUCAUUAAGUUAAUGAUCAUGAAAGCUACUUCCGAGAUGAGUAGGGACUUUUUUUUAACUUU